CCCGCGAUUCGCCCUCCGAAGCAGAGUGGCGCCAGAGCGUCUUUAACCCAGGUCUAUUGACAGUCAAACAAGUGUUGUGUUCCAUUUCUGCAGCUAAUGAAUCAAAACCAAAACAAUGAAGGCGAUUAUUCAGAGGGUAAACAGAGCGUUUGUGACAGUGGGAGAGGAGCAGGUCAGUUCGAUUGGACGAGGACUGUGCGUUCUGCUGGGUAUUUCUGCAGAGGACACCCAGAGAGAUGCAGACUACAUGAUACGCAAGAUCCUGAACCUUCGGCUCUUUGAGGACGAGAAUGGCCGAGCGUGGAGUAAAAGUGUGAUGGAGCGAGACCUGGAAGUGCUGUGCGUGAGUCAGUUCACUCUUCAGUGUAUACUGAAGGGCAACAAGCCGGACUUUCACUCGGCCAUGCCGGCUGAGCUCGCUCAGCCUUUCUACAACAGCAUUCUGGAGAACAUGAGGAGUGUCUACAAACCCGAGCUGAUCAAAGAUGGGAAGUUUGGAGCGUACAUGCAGGUGCACAUCCAAAACGAUGGACCUGUGACCAUUGAGCUGAGCUCCCCUGCUGCUCCCACGGACCCAAAACAGCUGUCAAAGCAAGAGAAGCAGCAGCAGAGGAAAGAGAAGACACGCUCCAAAGGCCCUUCAGAAUCCGGCAAGGAGAAGGGAUUAGUGCGUUCCCGACCGGACCCAAACGCCAGCAGUGGAGCCGAGGGAGACGUGUCGUCAGAGAGGGAAUCCUAGGUUAACAGGUUUCAGUGGCUACAGACAGUGAAAUAGACAAUAAAAGCCACUGAUAUGAAACCAGCUUCCUCAGGAUGGUUGGAAUUCUCACCGGCUGUUUCCUGAUUGUGAACUUGUCUAUGUGGAAAUUAGCAGAAUCGGGACCUUGUGUCCUGUCCCUGGUGUUGGUGGACACAGCUUUAAGCACUGAACACACCUGCUGAAGUACAAACCAAGGGGGCGACAGAACGAGGGGUGGAACUGUCAGCGAGCACCCUCGAAACAUGAGGGAUUUGUACUGAAACCAAAAUUAGGAGCACUAUGUUUACAGGCACCUUUAGCUUUUUUUUCUCUUUAUUUGCCCUCCUUGUCUUUUACCUGCUGUCUUCCUCCACCUCUCUCUGUCUACAUGCUCCUGACACCCCCCAGAGGACGAGAGUUUUAAUCAUGGUUUGGUAAAAGUUAAACACCUUGGAUAAAAUGCUUCA